UAUUCCAAUAAAUAACAAGAUUUUCCUUUAUCACCACAGAACUGAAGAACAGGCGGAUUCAGCUGCAUGUUUGGAGUGGGCAUCAAUCUGUAACACGGGCCACGCCGGCAGAAGCGGAACAAAGCUGACGGGGGUGUGGCUUGCGAUAGCAGCGAGCCGGCGAUUGGCCGGUGCUGCAGGAAGGAGCAGAGCUUCACUCCACCCACCCACUCACCUCGCCGGCGACGACGCAGUACCGUGGUUGGCAGCCAUUCGUUAGUAGUGCAUGUGGCACCGCCGUGUUGCGAGCUGUCUGUGCUAACGAAAGCUCCAUCGAGGUUAUCUGGGAGACUGCGCCAGGUCCCGGUCUGGCAUCUGAUCUUCACAAUCUAUUGCGGCACCGUCACCAGCUUCUUCGUCCUCGAGCCUAUUUUCGAUCUCUUCCUCACCCUCAUCGAGCUCAGUUUCUGUAUUUGCUGCGAUGACAUCUCAUAUGAAGAUGCGGUGUCGUCGUGGUAGAUGCGGACGUCGACCUGCACGUAUAACUCCACAAACUGAAGGAAUACACAGCCAUCUACGUUCACAGGCAACUGGAAGAGUUCGUGGUCCUGGGCGCCCACCGUUGGCGUCUCGCGGCCGCGGGCGUCCACCGUUGGCGUCUCGCGGCCCCGGGCGUCCACCGUUGGCGUCUCGCGGCCCCGGGCGUCCACCGUUGGCGUCUCGCGGCCCCGGGCGUCCACCGUUGGCGUCUCGCGGCCCCGGGCGUCCACCGUUGGCGUCUCGCGGCCCCGGGCGUCCACCGUUGGCGUCUCGCGGCCCCGGGCGUCCACCGUUGGCGUCUCGCGGCCGCGGGCGUCCACCGUUGGCGUCUCGCGGCCGCGGGCGUCCACCGUUGGCGUCUCGCGGCCGCGGGCGUCCACCGUUGGCGUCUCGCGGCCGCGGGCGUCCACCGUUGGCGUCGCGCGGCCGCGGGCGUCCACCGGUGGCGUCGCGUGGCCGCGGGCGCCCCGGCCGCCCCCCGAACUGUGACAGUGACAAUGAAAACAAUCUGUCGUAUGGACUUGGCAGUCUCCGUGGACCAGAACAUAUAAGUGAAGUGACACACGCAAGUGAAGUCUGUGUACGCCGACCAGGACGUCCUCGAGGACCAAGACGUAAACGCGGACAGGGCCGCACUCGGGGACCUGGUCGGCUGUCUGCACAUGACCAUCCAAGUGAGAGUGAUAAUGUGCCACCCCCAGGACGCGGACGUGGACGUCCAAGUGGAGUUAGAGUUCGACGUGGCAGUGGCGGGAGAGCAAAGGGAACGCCAGUUUUAAUGAGACCAGGGAACCCAGUUCAGGCAGAACCUGUACCAGGCUGUUCUCGUGACGAACCCGGUGCCCCGCCAAGGUGUGGUGACUCACAUCAGGGAGAGCCUGUACCAGGACGUUCCUGUGAUGAACCCGGUCGCCCACCAGUACAUGGUUGUGGUCAAUUUCACAUGCGAAGUCCAGUGAGUGAUCGGAGCAAUUAUUCUCUUAAUAUGGAAGUUGAUGAGUCAUCGGAAUCUUCUGAUGAUGACGUUGUUACACUCAAUGUGUCAUCUGAUGAUGAGAGAAAUGAAAAUAAUGGAGAGCAAGCAGGCCUUAAUGCUGAAGAAAUAGUAAUAAAUGACGAUGAUGAAGAUGCCGAAGAGCAACAGAACAUAAUUUAUGAUGAUGUAGGUGUCAACCAGCCGGAGAACAUUUUUCAUGAUCAUGUGGAUGUGAAUCAGCAACAGUAUUAUGUUGAUGCUAACCAAGGCAUAAACCAGGAAGAGUACUUUGUUUAUCAAGAUAUAAACGAAGACCAAAUGCAUCCAAACUUGCAUGAGCAAGAUCAGGAAAUGGUAGAAGACAAUGGAGAAAUACCACUUAAUGACGAGGAAAUGUUUGGAGAGCCAGAUGAGGAAUCACAUGAUGAGUCAUCGGAAUCUUCUGAUGAUGACGUUGUUACACUCAAUGAGUCCUCGGAAUCUUCUGAUGAUGACGUUGUUCCACUCAAUGUGUCAUCUGAUGAUGAGAGAAAUGAAAAUAAUGGAGAGCAAGCAGGCCUUAAUGCUGAAGAAAUAGUAAUAAAUGACGAUGAUGAAGAUGCCGAAGAGCAACAGAACAUAAUUUAUGAUGAUGUAGGUGUCAACCAGCCGGAGAACAUUUUUCAUGAUCAUGUGGAUGUGAAUCAGCAACAGUAUUAUGUUGAUGCUAACCAAGGCAUAAACCAGGAAGAGUACUUUGUUUAUCAAGAUAUAAACGAAGACCAAAUGCAUCCAAACUUGCAUGAGCAAGAGCAGGAAAUGGAAGAAGACAAUGGAGAAAUACCACUUAAUGACGAGGAAAUGUUUGAAGAGCCAGAUGAGGAAUCAGAUGAUGAGAUCAUCUACAUUCUCGAAGUAGAACGGAAAGAGUUAUCCCUAACUACAUACAGGAUAAGACGAGUAAGAAGACGACGACAUUAAAAUAUGCCUUACAAUAUCUGCAGUGUUGCAGUAUUACAAUGAUCAGUAUUAUGAAGAAUACAUUCCCAAGAACAAUGUGAACAUAAACUUUUAAAUAUAUGUCUGUGUAACUCUCAUUAAGAUUAGUUUUCAGUUGAAUAAUGUAAGACCAUUAUGUACCCCACUUAGUAAGUGUAUUGUCGUGAUGUGCCUUAAUAUGCACGAACGUAAUUUUUAUGUGCUGUACAUGUAUUUUUCAAAUAUAACAAAUGUAACAUUUUUGUAAUACUGCA